CAACACAAAGGAAAAAUUUUGAUUCAUCUCAAUCCUUCCACAUCACCAACCCGGCAUGCCUCCGAAACGAAGCAGAACUCUGGAGAGGGGGGGCAUGAUCUCCCCGGCUAGGGGCAGGGGCUAUAAAAAGCCUCGCCAUCCCCAAAGGCAAAAAAAGCCCGGCUAUACCGAGCCUCAGGCUGAGGCCAGCCACCAGGAUGCCCCCCUACCCCAACAACAGCCACCACCAGAUGUGAGUGACCACGAGAGCGGAACUGAGGACUUUGGGCUCCCCAAUAUGGUGGGGCAAAUUCCGGCAGCUAGCACCAACAGCAGACCCAUGGCCAACACCACUCCCCAAGAACAUUUGGGAAAUUUAAGAACUGAAGCCAACAGGCUCAUCCAGGGCUCAAUUUCAACAAACACGCAUAAAGCCUAUCAAGGAGCUUUGACCAAUUUCAAAAAUUUUUUGAACAGUUGUGGGUUAGCAUUGGUUUUUCCCAUUCCUAUUGAUCACUUACUUAAUUUUAUUGCCCAUUUGUCUAUUUCAGGUACAGCGUACAGAACAGCUGCUCUGUACAUUAGUGCUUUAUCUUAUAUUCACAAAUUACGAGGCAUCCAAGAUAACACCCAAUCCUUUAUUGUUAAAAAAGCCUUGCAGGGUCUCCAUAAAAAGCGAGGUGUGACAACAGAUCCGCGAAUUCCUUUAACUUUAUCCAUUUUACAAAGGGUCAUGUUAGCAUUGCCAUCUAUUUGCAGAUCCCCCUAUGAGAGUGUUUUAUUCUCCACUAUUUUUUCCAUCACAUAUCACGGUUUGCUUAGGGUUAGCGAGGUCUUGGCCAUCCAUAGGGCACACAUCUCAGUUGAGGGAAACAAUGUCAGUAUUUUAAUUCCAAGGUCAAAAACAGAUCAGAUGGGAAAUGCAACCACGUUGCACAUAUCUAGACAACCCAAUGCUGACACAUGCCCAGUGCGUUGGGUACUUAAAUUUUUUCGACUACGCCCUGACAGCGGCUCUCUUUUACUGUUUACUCAUAUGGAUGACAAAGCCAUAACAAGAUACCAAUUUAAUUGCAUGCUGCAAAAGACUCUCCAAUUUAAUGGCAUUCAGGGACAUUUUAGACCACAUAGCUUUAGAAUAGGCAGAGCUACAGAUCUUGCAAAACAAGGGGUUUCAGAAUCAGAAAUUAAAGCUUUAGGCAGAUGGGAAUCGAGGGCCUUUCAAAAUUAUAUUAGAUUGUAAAUUCAUUGUUAAUUAAUGGAAUACAGGCUAAUUCUGCCAAAAGUAUUCCAGAUUUCAAAACAGUCUGGAUAGUUGGAACUUCAAUACCAUAUUGGGCUGGGGAGGAAGCAGUGAAGAGACCAGGUGGAAAGAACCUUAACCUGGGCGUGGACAUCACCUGGAAAGGAAUAAGGGGACUACACUGGAAAGACCUGGACAAACUUAUUUCUGAUGAGAUUAAAAACCAACCACACCCGGAUGUAUUGGUCAUUCAUGCGGGAUCCAAUGAUCUUACAGCAGCUGGCAAUACAGCACUGCGAUUUUCGCAUGAAAUUCAAUGUAGUUUGUAUCGCUAUAAUGUAAUGCUUCCAAAAACAUUACUUAUUUGGUCAACAAUGCUUCCCCGUCUCUACUGGCAUGGGGCCCCAUUAGGCAAGGGUGGGGCUAAGAUUGAUUCAAAACGGCGCAAGGUAAACAAGGCCAUUAGAAAAUUUAUUACAUCUGAAGUAAAUGGGGCUUGCAUUGUUCAUGACAAAAACAUUAAUGUUCACCAAACUGGUUUGUUUAGAUACGAUGGAACCCAUUUAUCAGAAAGGGGAAACAAGGCUUAUUUAAACAAUAUUCAAGGGGGCUUAGAAUUCAUUUUCAGGGGAAAGGGGAAGAUUUUUGGAUAAUUAGUUGUUUUUAUAGUACAGUACACUUGCUUAUAUAUUAGAACGUAGGAUCUUAGUAACACACAUUUUAAAAGGGGGCAAAUUUAGUGGGGAACAUCAUAUCGAUGUUAGUGGCGGGGUCAAGGGAGACAUAACCUCUGCACUAGCUUAACCUGGUUGUCUCUGCUCAUCUGCAUAAAGCAUGAGGGGGUCUCAUGGCGGUGUGUUAACAUGGAAGUUAAAUGCCAUUGAGCAAAUGUGUGUAAUGUGUUCCUAAACUGCUUGGGGUCUGCAGCAUUUCAGUGCUCAGACCCCCUCUACCUCUAUAAAAAGGAGGAGAGGCUACAAGCUGGUGGUGUUAAAAAGUUAAACCAGGUAGCAAGCCAGAGGCAGGGUGUAAAAGCUGUGCAGAUUGUAUGCCUAGCCACCAUGCGUGUCAGGCAUGGGGUUUCAUGGCACUCGCAUAAGCGAGGCCACUAGCUUGCCCAUUUUGUUAAGGUAUCCUAGUUGUCUCCCUUGACUCCUGCAAAAUUUGCGGCCAUUUCAAUCCAACUAUUAUGUAUAUGUUUUUUUAUGGUUGUUUCAGUAAUAAAUAUCUAAACAUAC